ACAAUCGUUCCUGUUUGUAUGUGGUACAGCUUUCGUACUUUUUGUACCAAAAUCCACCGUUAGUUUGCUGCGUGCGUGUGUUUGUGAAUUGCUCCUCUUGAUGUGGGUGGCCCCCCUGCUUGAAGGAGUUGUGCAGUGCAUGGCCAAGCUGACCUGUCAGUAAUGAUGAUCUCCAUGCUAUUGUCUUCAAAAGAACAAGAUCAGGUCAACAUCAACAAUUCGCUGAGCAAGCAAAAUGCAUCUGUAUCAAUCCAUCGUUGUGCUUACACUGCAAUACAAUCCAGUGAAAUGUGUAACAGCUUUGUAAUUAUUGAACGCCUUUAAAGAGUAUUGAAACAACUCGAUUAUCUCGUAACAAAUGAAAAGACUUUGGAAUGAGCUAAUAUCGGAUUUCUCCCUUUAAAUUGCUGGAAACAUCUUGGGACAGCACAACAGCCACAAUUCAAAAACAGCAACCUUGGAAGCUCAAUAUAGGAAAGGAAAAUUAGGCUGACCAAGGAACUCCUUGAUAACAUUUAAGAACGUUCUAAAAAUACUGCAAAAAAAAAACUGCAGUGAAAGUUAUGCAGGAAACAGAUAAGAUUGGAGCCUCUUGACUCCCUGAUAUGCAGAAUCGUGUUGGACGGACUAAGUCUAGUAAGUAAUAAACGCCAUAAAUGGUUUCUUGUGGAUAUUCAUUGAAAAGUGAGUACAUUGUUAGAGUAGAUUUUGUUUUAAGGAUCCCCUUACCUACUGAUGACAUUGUGAUGUUUUCGUUCUUAUGAUGGCAAAGAAGAGGUUUGGGGUUGAGGCUGUGGCGUUGGAAAAAGCUCUUCUGCAAGCAUGAAAUGGUGAAGCCUGCUCAGAUGAGGAGAGAAUUUUAUUCGAUGACCAGAUCAGUCUAAUUACUUUUGAUUCAAUACCCUAAAAACUGGUUACAGGCAAAUAAAUAAAUUACUUGAUAUUAAAAUAUUUUAAAAAGGUGAAUAGGUUGUGUUCCAUUUUGAAGGUUUCAUUGCAUAUCAUCGAAAUUUUAAAUCUGUGAUUUUAAAAAAACAAAACAAAAAGUAACAGCAGUUAACACACACCACUCCCAAUGGCACCCACAUACCCAAAAACACAGCACACACAAUGUGACUGACUCCACUUGACACUUACCAGCACACGUUUGUGUGUUUAGACAGCGCUAAUGAUUAUACACUUGUCACACAGCCUGAUUGACUAUCAGUGUGUAUGUGUGUGAGUGUGUGUAUGUGGACUAUGGUCCACAUUGGCAUCUGCUGUACUCCAUAGCUUACCCCCACAUGUACUUCAUUAUCCCCUAGCAGGGCCUACAUGCGUGUGUGUGCGUUCAAUAUUAAGUGAUGUGUUCACACCCUUCACGUGGGGGGUGGCACUCUUUUACAGGUACAUCCACACACUCUUACACACCUCAACUUUCUGCCUUACUCGAUGCAGACGGGUCAGCACAGAAGGGGUGAGGUGAAAAUAACCGCAAUGUUUUUCUUCAGGAGCUUAGCAAGAAAAACUGUGAUAUAUUAAUGGGGAUACUGGUGUCCUUUUAAAAAGCAUUUAGAGAGUAGUGCUACAGAAUAAGAGAUUUUACACAAGAGUGCAAGGAUGUCCAAUUCCACCACCAACUUCUACGCGCUGUCUCAGUCCUUCAGCUUCUCUGACAUCAUUGUCAUCGUAAUUUACUUCCUUCUCAACCUGGCCGUAGGCAUAUGGGUAAGUCGCAGAGAUGCGUUUAGAUUUAUACUGAUUUUUAAAACCUGUCGCUUGUGUGUAUGUAAGUCAUCAUGCAGGGUGAGCAGGAACACGCUAAGUGGCUACUUCCUUGCGGGGCGAGACAUGGCCUGGUGGCCGAUUGGAGCUUCAUUGUUUGCCAGUUCAGAGGGCUCAGGUCUGUUCAUUGGUCUUGCCGGGACAGGAGCUGCUGGGGGCAUUGCUGUCGCAGGCUUUGAAUGGAACGCCACUUAUGUGUUGCUGGCUCUAGCUUGGGUGUUCGUUCCGGUCUACAUCUCCUCAGGGAUCGUGACAAUGCCUGAGUACCUAGGCCGGCGUUUCGGAGGAGAGAGGAUUCGAACCUACUUGGCUGUUCUCUCAUUGCUUCUGUCCGUCUUCACAAAGAUAUCAACUGACCUCUAUUCAGGAGCCCUGUUUGUCCAAGUGUGUCUAGGAUGGAACCUUUACCUGUCCACUGUCCUCAUGCUGGUGGUCACGGCGCUGUAUACUAUUGCUGGUGGUCUUGCUGCUGUCAUCUAUACAGACACGCUGCAAACAUUGGUGAUGAUUGUAGGAGCAAUCAUUCUCACCAUCACUGCUUUCAACAAGAUUGGAGGCUAUAGUAACCUGGAGAAAGUGUACAGCAUGGCAGUGCCCAGCAAGAUCAUACCCAACAGUACCUGCCAUCUACCUCGAAAGGACGCCAUGCACCUGUUCCGAGACGCUGUCACUGGAGACUUGCCCUGGCCUGGCAUGACCUUAGGACUCACAAUCCUGGCUACUUGGUACUGGUGCACUGAUCAGGUGAUUGUUCAACGAUCCCUCUCGGCAAAAAACAUGAGCCAUGUGAAGGGAGCGUCCAUCCUGGCUGCCUAUCUGAAGAUGCUGCCCUUCAUCUUCAUCAUCCUUCCGGGCAUGAUCAGCCGUGCUCUCUAUCCAGAUACAGUGGGAUGCGUCGACCCCGAGGACUGUGUGCGAGUUUGCGGAGCCGAGGUGGGAUGCUCCAACAUCGCCUUCCCCAAACUUGUCAUUGAGCUCAUGCCAAGUGGAUUGCGGGGCCUCAUGAUAUCAGUGAUGAUGGCUGCUCUGAUGUCAUCGCUGACCUCCAUUUUCAACAGCAGCUCCACAUUGUUCACCAUGGACAUCUGGAAGAAGCAUCGGCCGCGAGCCUCAGAGAAAGAGUUGCUACUGGUUGGCAGGAUUGUGACAGUGAUUUUGGUGGUGGUGAGUGUGGUGUGGAUCCCCAUCUUGCAGUCCGCCAACAGCGGCCAGCUGUAUGUUUACAUUCAGUCCGUGACUAGUUACCUGGCGCCACCCGUCACGGCUGUGUUCACCCUGGCAGUCUUCUGGAGGAGAACCAAUGAGCAGGGCGCAUUCUGGGGCCUUAUGGUUGGCUUGGUUGUGGGGGUGUGCCGGAUGGUGCUGGAGUUUGCCUUCCCGCCUGCCAGGUGUGGCGUCAUUGACUCAGCGCCUGCCGUUCUGCGCCGCGUUCACUACCUCCACUUUGCCAUUUUACUUUGUGGGCUCACCGCUAUUGUGGUCACCGUGGUGUCACUGCUUACACCUCCCCCGGGCCAUGACCAGUUGAGGAACUUGACCUGGUGGACUCUGACCGAGGAGUCUCCCAGACAAAUCCCUCUACAGAAAGUCUCCUCUGCCAGUCACCGUAAUUCUCAAGACGCUGAGCCAGCGCAUCAGAUGACUUGUGGUCAUGGCCUGCGAUUGUGCAUGGCAGCAGUCCAGCGCUUUCAGGAGACUCCCAGAGUUCCAAGCGUACGCGAGAGUGCUUUCUGGUCAAGAUUCUGCUGCGCAAACGCCCUCCUGCUUGUCAGCAUUAACAUUUUUCUCUAUGCAUACUUUGCCUGAGCUUUAACUCGUGGACACAUCCUGCCUCACCCUGAUUCCGUUCAGCACCAGCCAAUAUCUACAACAGGAACCACAAAAUCUUGUUGCUCUCCCCUGCCAGAAAGAGGAGGGGACACUUCUGCUUUGUUUUUCUUCAAGGUUUUUGUUUCUAACAAGGAGGGGAAAUUAGCCGGGUUUCUGGUGCCUAGUUUCAAACAUUUAAGAAAAUGUGAAUUAUAUACUGUAUAUAUACAGUAGAUAGAUAGAUAGAGAUAGAAAAAAAAUGUAAAAUUUGAUUGUGUAAUUUUCAGAAUUUCUUCAAUGUUUUAGUCAUUUCAUUGAUAAUUAGCAUAUAUGGCUUUCACAAAAUUGUUUUGAUGAGUAUUUUAUCACACAAAAUACAGGGUGUCCAUAAAGUCUCUUUACCAUUUCAAAAAUGUAUUAAAAAUGCAAUCGAUUAGAUAUUUUAUUCAGAUUUAUUCUAUUGUAUUCAGCGUUUAUUGAAGUUUUUACCUCUUUUAAUACACUUCUACACGGGCACCAUGAGUUGCACGAAGCACAUCAAAACGGUACUCGAUUUCUUGCCAUUUUAGCUGUAGCAUAGCCUCAUCAGUUGUGGCAAAUGCAUCAGUAAUCCUUCACUUAAGGUCAGUAAUGUCCCUUAUCUUUGUUUGAUACACGAUAUCUUUAACACUGCCCCAUAGAAAGAAGUCCAGGGGAGUGAUAUCUGGUGAACGUGGCGGCCAAGGAAUUGGCCCAUCCCUUCCAAUCCAUCGGUCAGGAAAUGCUUGAUUGAGGAACCCACAAACAUGCAGCGCCCAAUGUGGUGGUGCACCAUCUUGCUGAAAAAUGAUGGUUGGUUGAAGGUCAUUCAGUUGUGGUGCCACAUAUUCAGUUAAAAGGUCAAAGUAAACAUUUGCAGAAAUUUAUGUCUCGAUGAAGAAAAACACAUAAAUGCAGUGUAAUAAAAAACUUUAAUAAACACUGAAUACAAUAGAACAAAUCUGAAUAAAAUAGCUAAUCAAUUGCAUUUUUAAUAUUUUUUUAAAUAGUAGACUUUAUGGACACCUGUAUAAUGACAUGCAUUUGAUCACUGAAUAAGGAGUAAAGAAUUUGAAAAAUUAUUAAAUG